AUGAAAUACGGAGACCUGAUUGCCGUCGGAGACCCAAUUGCCGGAAACGGUGACGACAAAGGUACCACCCCCACUUUGGAGCAGCAAGCAUACGCAGCGAAGGGGGCUCACCAAUCUUGCCCAGAAGAUCGUCCUACGAUCGAUCUCCGGAUGUCUAGACAGAUUAUUCAUGCAGGACCUAUGGAUGAUUCAUUAUUAAGGCUUCAGCCAUUUCAUAUAUCUGAGCAUAUAUGGAAUGGAGCUGAGGAUAGGGUUCUGAAGGUUAGGAGUGCAAAACAAUCAGAGUUGCGUGGUGGUGUCAUUCCAGCUGCUGUUCAGGAUCUUUUACAGAGGGCUGGAUUUCUGGGGAUGGCGCAGAUUAGUUACUUUCCUGUGGAUAAUCAUUUAAUAUCUGCGUUAGUUGAGCGAUGGAGACUAGAGACCCACACGUUUCACAUGUCCUUCGGCGAGUGUACUAUCACGUUGGAGGAUGUUGCAAUUUUACUUGGGUUGAAGAUCUCUGGGGCACCCAUUACUGGAUACGCAAGUAUGGAUUGGGGAGCUCUUGUGCAGCGCCUUCUUGGGAUGACACCACCUGAGGCAAUGCUUGUUGGGGGUAGAUUGAGGAUGAGGUGGAUUGACCAGCAGUUUUCGGAUGUUUCUGAGCAUAUACAUAGUCAGGAACAGUUGGAACGCUAUACUAGAGCGUUCAUUUUACGCAUGAUCGGGGGAUAUUUAUUAACUGAUCACUCUAGCGCGUUUGUAUCCCUCAGAUACUUGAGUUUCCUCGAAGACCUAGAUGUUUGUGGUCAAAUGAGUUGGGGGUCAUGCGUCCUGGCAAAUUUGUACAGGGAGUUGUGUGUGGCGACGAAUUAUGAUCACAAGGAAAUUGCUGGGUCAGGUAUUUUACUGCAAUUAUGGGCAUGGUAUCGGUUUCCAUUUAUUGCACCACCUCAUCCACCUUUAUCUACAUUUCAUGUUCCUCUAGGGGCAAGGUGGAAUAAUGCCUUGCAUAAACCUAGAGAGGAAACAAAAGAAAAAAUUGUGAAGUAUAGAGACUAUUUUGACCGUUUAAAAAGAGAGGAUUUUGUAUGGCAACCAUACUUGGAGUUACUACCUACAUUACCUCCUUACUGUUUGGAGGACUCACAUGUAUGGAGGUCAACAGUCCCGUUGAUUAAUUUCCACAUCGUCGAAUAUCAUUAUGCAGAUCGUGUAAUGCGACAAUUUGGGAUGGUCCAACACAUUCCUGCGCCUCCUAUUCAUCCGGAGAAAUUGCAUGAUCUUUCGUUGAGAGGCAAGGAUAACACGGACUGGUCACAACGCCCUAAGGCCCGGCGCGUUAAAAUCGAGCCCGGCGCAAUUCUCAACCAGAGACCUACAGACUCUACAGAGGUCUAUUGCGCCCAGCGUGGUUCUCCCCGAGCCCCGGCGCGAUUCACCUCGGGAUUCCCCAUUUCAACUCACGCCUAG